AUGGGUAAAGAUGAGAAUUAUAAUAUUUCAAUAUCAUAUUAUCCUCCAUUAGUUUUAAAUUCAACAAAGAUUUCGAAUUCAUCGAUUAGUGGAAUUAUUACAAUUUUUGGUAAUGAAUUUUAUAAUCAAAUUGAUUUAAUUACAGUUGGUAAAAGUAAAUGUUUAAACUCUACAUUUAUAAAUUCAACAUCGAUUUCAUGUUUUGUAGAACCUUCAAAUUUUAUUAUUAAUCAAACUGAACAACAACAACAACAAUAUGUUAACAUUACAAUUAAUAGCAAAAGUGGUGGUAAUAAUUUAAUAAUUUAUUCUGGUAAUUCAAAUAGAAUUGAUGAAAAUAAUAAAUCAAAUAAAAAUACAAUUGAUGAUAAACAAACCAACAAUGAAAUCAAAAAUGAAUCCAUAAAAGAAAUAUAA